UUAAAGCAGGACUGCGGUGGGCUUUCUGACACUGGGUGGGAACUGACUAACUGCCACUGACAUCCCCAGUGACACUAAUACAGUGAUCAGUGCUAAUAAACUGCACUGCCACUGUACUACUGCCACUGGGCAGGAAGGGGUUAACAACCUGGGUGAUCAAAUGGUUAAUUGUGUGCUGUGUGUGUUUCAUAUUAUGUGCUGUGUGUGUUUUACAAUGGACACGUGCUGCUUUGUAUUUCUCUGCUGUGCAGAGAAAUACAAAGCAGCAUACACAGGUCUCUCCCCUGUCAGCUUUCCCCGAUGAUCACCGAGUGCUGGCGGGGACCU